AUGGCAGACUAUAACCUGGAAAUUACCUACCGAGGAACCAGACUAAAGCAUGUUCCCCACCCAAAAUAUCUGGGCGUCACUCUGGACAAGACACUGACCUUUAAAACCCACUUAACUAACGUUGCAUCUAAGAUUGACUCCCGCAUCAAUAUAGUUCAAAAAUUGACAGGUACAGAUUGGGGCGCUGACUCCUUGACGCUGAGAACUUCCACUAUCGCUUUAGUCUACUUUGUCGCUGAAUACUGUUUUCCGGUAUGGUUAAAUAGCACACAUGCCAAAAAGGUGGAUAUCAAACUCAAUCAAAGCAUGUGCAUUAUAUCAGGCACAAUCAAGACUACCCCCCUCGACUGGCUACCCGAUCUCAGUAGCAUCAUCUCUCCCCAACAUCGACGGCAAACAGCGUUACUUAAAUUGUGGUCAAAACUCAAUAACAAUACCACCCAUCCAAUUCAUGAACACUCUAAAUUCUGUAACAACCUAUGCAUACGCCGACUUAAGUCACGUAAACCUCCGUGGGAAACUGCUAUUAAACUUAACACUGCCAAAUAUGACGCAGUACAAUGUUUGAAAGAUGAAUGGGAAAAAUCAGAAUUAAGUAACUCAUCGCUCAUUAAGAACCCUACAAACAAACAACCUGGCUUCAAUUUACCACGGAGAAUCUGGAAAACCUUAAACCGAUUACGUAUAGGUCAUGGAAGAGUGGGGCAUUUUAUGCACAAAUGGGGCAUUACUCCUAACCCAGGUUGUGACUGUGGUGCCCCCAACCAGAACAUAGACCAUAUCAUACGAGAGUGCCCUAAGAGAAAGUUCGGAGGAAAGCUCGAGGACAUUUUUUAA